UGUCAUCUAGGGCGACGAAGAGUAAAGCCACAAUACCGCCCCUUCUGCCGUGCACUAGAGGAAAGGCUGCUUUCGAUUUGUUUGCAAGUGAAGCGGGAGGCGAAACGAGAGGUAGAGGGGAGGGAGAGAGAGAAAGAGAAAGCUGCUGUUUACUGUAACAUCUAGAUGGAUGUGAAAAAGGAGGAAUGUGAGGCCAACAUGAAUAUUAUGGACAAAAGGACCCCAAAUGUUAAAGAGGAGAACUUUGAAUGGGAGUGUGUCCAACCUAAACAGGAGAGUCUGGGCAUUAAAGAUGAGGAAUGUGUACUGGGGUCAAUGGGCAUUAAAGAAGAGGCUGAAGAGACGUCUGUCAGCGUUGAGGUGCACAAAUAUAAAUGGAUUGAGAGUGUUAAGGAAGACGAACAAGAUGGAGCAGUGACUGAGUUAGUCUCUUCUCAAAGCAGACACCGUCCAUCACCAGAGUCUCUUAUCAAUGUGAAGUCUGAAUCAUUAGAGUCUGACGCAAAAAGUACUGAGGAAGGUUCAUCUGUUAGAAAUCCAGAAGUUCAGCCAUCAACUUCAGGGAAAUCCAGAAAAGGAGAUAAACAUCAGUGCUGUUCUGAAUGUGGCAAACAGUUUAAGACCACGGGAUAUCUUCGGAUACACCAAAGAAUUCACACGGGAGAGAAGCCUUACUGCUGUUCUGAAUGUGGCAGGAGGUUCUCAAAAGGCAGUUUACUUCAUAGACACCAAAGAAUUCACACAGGAGAGAAACCUUUUUGCUGUUAUGAAUGUGGCAAGCAUUUUUCCCAAAAAUGGGAUCUUCAGAUUCACCAAAGAAUCCACGCAGGAGAAAAGCCUUAUUGCUGUUCUAAAUGUGACAAGCGGUUUGUAAGACGGAAUUUACUCAAUAGACACCAAAGAAUUCACACAGGAGAGAAACCUUAUUGCUGUUCUGAAUGUGGCGAGCGUUUUUCACAAAAUUGGGAUCUCGAGAUCCACCAAAGAAUUCACGUGGGAAAAAAGCCAUACUGCUGUUCUGAAUGUGGCAAGCAGUUUUUACACAAGAGUAAUCUUCAGAUCCACCAAAGAAUUCACACAGGAGGGAAUCCUUAUUCCUGUUCUGAAUGUGGCAAUCAGUUUUCUGAAAAGAGCAACCUUCUCCGACAUCAAACAAUUCACACAGGAGAGGAUCCUUAUUGCUGUUCUGAAUGUGGCGAGAAGUUUCUAAAAAAGAGCCAUCUGAAGAGCCACCAAAAGAUUCACACUGGAGAGAAACCUUAUUGCUGUUCAGAAUGUGGCAAACGAUUUCUAAAAAUGAGUGUACUUCAUAGACACCAAAGAAUUCACACAGGAGAGAAACCUUAUUGCUGUUCUGAAUGUGGCAAGCGUUUUUCGCAAAAAUGGGAUCUUCAGAUCCACCAACGAAUUCACACGGGAGAAAAAUAUUAUUGCUGCCCUGCAUGUGGCAAACAGUUUUUGCAGAAGAGUAGUCUUCAGGUACAUCAAAGAAUUCACACUGGAGAGAAACCUUAUUGCUGUUCUGUAUGUGACAAGCGGUUUUCACAAAAGAGCUACCUUCAGAGACAUGAAAGAAUUCACACAGGAGAGAAUCCUUAUUGCUGUUCUGAAUGUGGCAAUCGCUUUUCAGAAAAGCGCAGUCUUCUUAACCACCAAACAGUUCACACAGGAGAGAAACCUUACUGCUGCUCUGAGUGUGAUAAGCAGUUUUCGCUUAAGAAGAAUUUUCAGAGCCACCAAAGAGUUCACGCAGGAGAAAAGCCUUAUUGCUGUUCGGAGUGUGACAAGCAUUUCUUAAAAAGAAAUUCACUUUAUAGACACCAAAAAAUUCACACAGGACAGAAACCUUAUUGCUGUUCUGAAUGUGGCAAGAAAUUUUUGAGAAAAUGGGCUCUUCAGACCCACAAAAGAAUUCACACAGGAGAAAAGCCUUAUUGUUGUUCUGAAUGUAGUAAGUGCUUUUCGCUCCAAACCAGUCUUCAGAUUCACCAAAGAAUUCACACUGGAGAGAAGCCUUAUCGCUGUUCUGAAUGUGGCAAGUGCUUUUCACAAGGGAGCAAUCUUUCGACCCACCGAAAAAUUCAUACUUGAGUGAAGCCAUAUUGCUUUUCUGAAUGUGCCAACUGCUUAUCACAAAGGAGUAAACUUCAGUGCCACAAGAGAAUUAACAGUGGCAUCACCACAGUGGGACAGACAAAAGCACACAAGCGUACAGUGAGUAAGAAAAUAGGAGAACCUGACACAGUCCAGUGUGCAUGUGAAGAUAAAGAGGAGACCAAGUACUGCUAUCGAGAUCGACGUAAAUAUGUGCUGCGUGACGUCAUCCAGAGCGACGGAAACUGGAGGCUCGCUACCGCCGCAUACUCGGCCGUGCGCGAGGGACAGAAAGUAAAAGGUCCAAUUUACUGUAACACCGAGAUGGACCUGAAAAAGGAGGAAUGUGAGGUUGACACAAAUAUCAUGGUGAAAAAGGCCCCAGGUGUUAAGGAGGAGGACUGUGAAUGGGAGUAUACCCAACCUAAACAGGAGAGUCUGGGCAUUAAGGAUGAGGAAUGUGAACUGGGGUCAGUGAACAUUAAAGAAGAGACUGAAGAGUCGUCUGUCAGCAUUGAGGUACACAAAUAUAAGAGUACUGACAGUGUGAAGGAAGACAAACAAGAUGGAGCAGUGACUGAGUUAGUCUCUUCUGAAAGCAGACACUGUCCAUCACCAGAGUCUUCUAUCAAUGUGGAGUCUGACGCAAAAAGGACUGAAGAAGUUUCAACUGUUAGAACUCCGGAAGAUCAGCCAUCAACUUCAAGAAAAUCCACAAAAGGUUUAUCAGUUUUUGAACACUGCACAGGAGAAAAACAUCAGUACGGUUCUGAAUGUGGCAAACAGUUGAAAUCCAGAGGAAGUCUUCAGAUACACCAAAGAAUUAACAGAGGAGAAAAGCCUUACUGCUGUUCUGAAUGUGGCGAGAAGUUUUCACGAAAGAGCAAUCUUCAGAGACAUGAAAGAGUUCACUCAGAAGAAAAGCCUUAUUACUGUUCUGAAUGUGGUGAGAAGUUUUCGCUUAAGAAGAAUCUUCAGAUCCACCAAAGAAGUCACACAGGAAAAAAGUCUUAUUGUUGUUCUGAAUGUGGUAAUCGUUUUUCAAAAAAGCGCAGUCUUAUCAGACACCAAACCAUUCACAAAAGAGAGAAGACUUAUUGCUGUUCUGAAUGUGGCAAGCGGUUUCAAAACAGGAGUUUACUUGAUAGACACCAAAUAAUUCACACAGGAGAGAAACCUCAUUGCUGUUCUGAAUGUGGCAAGCAUUUUUCACUAAAAUGGAAUCUUCAGAUCCACCAAAGAAUUCACACGGGAGAAAAGCCUUAUUGCUGUUCUGAAUGUGGCAAACAGUAUUCAAAAAAGACCAGCCUUCAUGUCCACCAAAAAAUUCACACAGGAGAGAAGCCUUAUUGCUGUUUUGAAUGCAGCAAGCGAUUUGUGAAAAGGAGUUUACUUGAUAGACACCAAAGAAUUCACACAGGAGAGAGACCUUAUUGCUGUUCUGAAUGUGGCAAACAGUUUUCACGAAAGAGUAAUCUUCAGAGACACCACAGAAUUCACACAGGAGUGAAGCCUUAUUAUUGUUCUAAAUGUAACAAAUGCUUUUCAGAAAAGCGCAUUCUUCUGAGACACCAAACAAUUCACACAGGAGAGAAUCGUCAUUGCUGUUCUGAAUGUGGCAAGAAGUUUUUGAAAAAGAGCGAUCUUCAGAGCCACCAAAAAAUUCAUAAAAGAGAGAAGCCUUAUUGCUGUUCUGAAUGUGGCAAGCGAUUUCUAAACAGGAGUUUACUUCAUAGACACCAAAUAAUUCACACAGGAGAGAAACCUUAUUGCUGUUUUGAAUGUGGCAAGCAUUUUUCGCUAAAAUGGAAUCUGCAGAUCCACCAAAGAAUUCACACGGGAGAAAAGCCUUAUUGCUGUUCUGAAUGUGGCAAACAGUAUUCAAAAAAGAUCAAUCUUCAGAGCCACCAAAGAAUUCACACAGGAGAGAAACCUUAAUCCAUCCAUCCAUUAGAUAGAUAGAUAGAUAGAUAGAUAC